GCCGCCCGCGGCAGGCCGAGCCCCGUCAAGGUGCUGUCGGACGGCAUGUGGCGAGAGCUGCUGCAGGACGAGUGGAUGGUGGAGUUCUACGCGCCCUGGUGUCCCGCCUGCGAGAACCUGCAGCCCGAGUGGGAGAAGUUCGCCGAGUGGGGAGAGGACCUGGGGGUGAACGUGGCCAAAGUGGAUGUCACGGAGCAGCCGGGGUUAAGUGGACGAUUUGUCAUCACGGCCCUCCCUACCAUCUAUCACUGCAAAGAUGGAGAGUUCAGGAGGUACCAGGGAGCAAGGACCAAAGCUGCCUUCAUUAAUUUCAUCAGUGAUGAAGAAUGGAAAUCCAUUGAGCCAGUGUCCUCCUGGUUUGGUCCUUCCUCUUUCCUGAUGAGCAGCAUGUCAGCCUUGUUCAAGCUGUCCAUGUGGAUCAGGCAUGCCCAUGGCUAUUUAACAGAAAACCUUGGAAUACCAGUCUGGGGCUCCUAUGCUGUUUUUGGAUUGGCAACUCUGUUCCUAGGAAUGGUCCUGGGACUUAUGAUGGUGUUCCUGGCAGACUGCAUCUGUCCCUCCAAAAGGCACAGACCACCACAGCUCCAGCCUCAGCCAAGGAAACAAGGUCCAGAGUCAGCUCAUCUGCUGAAAAACAGGUAUGAAGAGCAAGAAGCAAAUGAGGGAGAUAUCUCAGAUGAUGAAACAGAGAGGAAGGAGGGGAGCAAGAGAGACUCAUCCCCGAGUGGCGUCCGGCAGCGCCCCGUGCCCAGUGCUGCUCCCCUGGAGAAAUCUUAGCUGCACUUGCAUCAGCAUUAGGGGAGAUCCAUGGCAAAUCCUUCAGCUUGAAGAGAAGAAUGACUCCUGGCUUGGUAAAGUUGCUGCAUUUCUUGAAUUUGGAGGAAAUAAUAAUUUAAUUAAAAAAAAAAAUUAAAAAAAGGCACCCAAAGGAUCCAAGGUAUUCCAGAGGAAAUCUUGCUGUUGCAAAUGCUGGAACUUCUCCUGUCUGUAUGCAGAGAAGUGCCAAGGGAUGAUUGCUGUGGCUUCUGGAAUGGUUUGUUCCCUAGGGGUUAUUUGGAAGAGAGUGUAAACCAGAGUCAUUCUUGCAUUAGGGAGCAUUAGCAAGGAAAAUGCACUCACCUGGUGGUUGGUGAAACCUCCCACAAGGGUUCCCUGUCCUUAUACUGUUCUUCAGCAUAAAUCUCUCCAGCUGUGCCCUGAAGAAAUGCUGAGGGAAAAAGUUCCUUUAGUUAUGGAACAAAAAUUCCUUUAGUUUAGGCUUUUUACAUGACAGAACCUGCUUUUUGCUAUGACAAUGAGUGCUACAAAUCCCCCCAAACCUUUUUUUUCUUACAAAGAGCUGGAACUUAGCACAAGCACUCUGCAGUGGGAUCCUCUGGCUGACCAGAAACCUGCUGCUUGCAUCAAUUUCUUCCAGAAAAAGCUGUAGAAAACUCUCUGAGCUUCUUGGCAAAGUAUUUUUUUCUUUAGGAACAAGUGACAAGCAGCACCUUGAAGUCUUGUCUGUGUCUGUGACUCCACGUGGGAAGAGUUUACACACAGGGUUCUCUGUGCAAAUCCUCUCCAUUCCUCCUCCUGGAUGCCAGCAGGACUCUGCUUGUUUUUAAUCCAUCAUUUCUUACUCAAAUCCUGGCCUGAAGUUAAAAUAACUCCUUUCUAUUUCUUUAUUUCU